AUGGACAGCAGGAUCAGACCGCUCGGCAUCCCCGGGCACACCGCCAACCCGCUCGGUGGCAUCCAGGUCCCCCCUUCCCUCCUGCGCCCUCCGCCCCUCUUCCUCAGGGCUUGUAACCCAGCAAUGGAGAGGGGAUACCCGCGCACCCCGAAGUGCGCCAGAUGCAGAAACCACGGCGUGGUGUCGGCGCUAAAAGGCCACAAGCGCUUCUGCCGCUGGAGAGACUGCGUGUGCGCAAAGUGCACCCUGAUAGCGGAGAGGCAGCGAGUGAUGGCCGCUCAGGUCGCGCUCAGGAGGCAGCAGGCGCAGGAGGAGAGCGAGGCAAGGGAGCUCCGGCUCUUGUAUCCCGGCUCGGAGGCUGGGAUCCCUCAGGGGUCACCCGUGGGCCCGGCAGCAGCCAGCAAUACUCCAGUAACUCCAAGUUUCGAUGUUUUUGGAGGAGAAAACAAAAAAGAUGAUGACAAACUGUGCAAGUACAACUUUUAUAACGGAUUCAUGGGUCGACCCCUCUUUGCCCCCCAUACCGCGCGCCUCCCUUCUCCAAACGACAAGAAGGACCAGUCUCCAAACAGAGAGAAUCCCACGUCAUUAACCGACAACAGCGCAAGUCCAUCCCCGGUGUUUGAUCACUCAGAGAGCCCGCAGAGGUCGCUUUCCUCCUCGGAUCCUGAGUCUGGCAGUGAGUCUGAGAAACCCAGAGACUACCCGAGCCUAGAGCGAGACCCCACUGACAUCAUGGCCAAAUUAUUCCCCCAGCAGAAGCGGGACACAUUGGAAUCGAUGGUUAGAACGUGCAAAGGGGACAUUGUCAGGUCCAUAGAACUGGUUCUAAGCUCCAAAGAAAACAAAACAGACUCUGAUGUGCCCAGGCCUUCUGUUGGGUUUCCCGGAGCGCUCAGUACUCUGGGGACCAAGUCCGCCUUCUCCCCUCUCCACAUGCCACCAACGCCCGCAGGGGGAGACAGCCUGUACGGGCUCGGGCCUCGCUUCGGCGUCAGCCCCCUGCGGAUGGCAUAUUCUUCUCCAAACGGCGCUAUGGCGGGUUUCAUGUCACCUUACAUGACACCCGGACUGAUGCCUGUCUUCCCACUGCGUCCGCCUUUGGACUCGUACUCCUUCCCUGGCAUGAUCCGGGACCUUGCCUACCUCCAAAGCAAGGAGUCGCUGUGUAGUUCAGGACUUUAUGCACGACUAAACACGGAAAAAUGACAA